AUGCCCCCCAAGAAAAAGCCCGAGGGCCGUGGAAUCCCCAAGCCGGGGACCAAGCAGGCCAAAGCCGCCGCGGAGGAGAAUGCGAAGAAAGCGCAGUCCGCCACCACCACCAGCACCGAGGAGCCCAAAAAGCCCUCCGUGAAGCAGGUUAUUGGAGGCGCAUCAUGGACGGGGAAGCUCCCUGUCAACAUGCUGGCCGAGCACUGUCAAAAACAGAAAUGGGAGAAGCCGGAAUACACAAUGGCCAAAACACCGGACGGAUAUAUGUCGUCGGUGAUAUUGAAGCGCGUCGACCUGAAGACUAAAGAGACCGUCGUCCUGCCUCCGAUGAAACUGCCGCCCUCCCACAAACAGCUGGCGGCUCAGCCGACGGCGCUGGAAGCUCGCCACUUCGCGGCGACGUAUGCGUUAUAUCGGGUUUGCAAUAUGAGGAAUUUGCAUAUGAUGCUGCCGCCGACGUAUCGGAAAUUCUGGAAGGAGGAUUUCACGGAGAUCAAGACUGCAGAUACCAAGGAGGGCAAAGGCUGGAUGUACGAAGCGGAUCCGUUCCUGGCCAAGCAGGAGCGAGAAGCCCUGGCAGCGGAGAUUGAAAAGAAGAGAAAGGAUCGCGAAAGGACACAGGCCAAAGCGAAGGACACUGGGGUGAACCUGGGGCUGGGUCCAAGCAGCGAUAACAAGGGCAAGAGGAUUUGGUCGCAAGCCCCGAAAGUCGACUUGGGCGGCAAAGUACGGCGUGAUAUUGAGAACCUAUUGCGGCAGCACACAAUCUGGAACGCCUACAACGUGCAGAUCCCAGAGCGCGAUCGCAAGGCCAUUAUCGAGGAAUUCUCCCGGUUGGGUUUCCGGCGCAGCCAUAUAGAGGAAGCGGCCGCCGCUUGUAAGGACCGUGAGGAGGUUUUGGAGUGGCUUUUGGUCUACAUCCCGGAAGACGACCUUCCAAGUUGGUGUCUUCCAGAGGGAUACUCUGCGGGCGUGAGUCUAGCAACCGACGAUCUUGCGAAGGAGGGGAAGAUCAAGCGACUUACGUCGAUUGGCUAUCCUUCUGAUCUGUGUUCGCAAACACUGGAUAGCAAAAAGGGCGAUGAGCUCGCUACCGCAGAGUUCUUACAGAGUACGUUGGUGUAUGGGAGACCGCCCCAGAGCCAACCCUCUGAAGACGAAGACCUGUGGGCAGAGGAACAAGAGACGCUAGAGGCAAUCUUUGGGGAACGCUUUUCUCGGUUAUCACCAAAGGUCUGCGAGGUCCAAGGGGAUCCCGAGAGUUUCCGCCAACCGCUGUCUUUCAAAUUCCAAAGGCCUUCUGGCCAUUACCCUUCCAUGCCCCCGGUCAUCUCGAUCCAAGCCAAGGGCAUCCCUUCUUAUAUCCGCCUAAGUGCGAUUCGCCAGGUGGUGCAGCACGCCGACAGUAGCUUCCUUGGGGAGCCGAUGAUUUAUAACAUCUUGGAUUGGCUGGAGAUGAACCUACCCAAGGUGAUGGAGAAUCCAGGCAAACUGCGCGACAUUUCGACGGUCACUGCGCCGCCACCGGCCUCUGGUUCUGUCUUAAGCCUACCCGUCCGCCAGUCUCGCAAGAAGGCGCGCGAUAUCAACUGGCAGCCCGGGUCUCCUCAGAGUAUCUCAGUUCACGAGGCCUGGAAGGCUAAGCAGUUAUCCAAGGCACAGCAACAGAUGAAUCGACAGCGUCAAUCGCUCCCUGCUUGGAAUACUCAGGAUGCCAUCGUACGGGCUGUGAAUGAUCAUCAAGUCACUAUCAUCUCUGGUGAAACAGGCAGUGGUAAAAGUACCCAGUCUGUCCAGUUCGUGCUUGAUGAUAUGAUUGAAAAGGGCCUGGGCGGUGUCGCGAAUAUCGUCUGCACGCAACCACGCCGUAUCUCGGCCUUGGGACUUGCUGACAGAGUGAGCGAUGAACGAACUGGUUCAGUGGGCGACGAGGUCGGAUAUAUCAUCCGUGGUGAUUCCAAGGUCAAGUCGGGUUCCACGAAGAUUACCUUCGUGACAACCGGUGUCUUACUCCGUCGUAUCCAGUCGGGUAGUGGAUCCGAUGGUAACGUUGCUGGGUCCCUGUCGGAUGUCACGCAUGUUGUUGUGGACGAAGUCCACGAGCGAAGUCUUGAUACCGAUUUUCUCUUGGCCCUCUUGAGGGAUGUCCUGCGCUACCGUAAGGAUCUCAAGGUCAUCCUGAUGAGUGCCACCCUCGAUGCGGGAAUCUUCAUUAACUACUUCGGUGGUCACCAGAAUGUUGGGACGGUGAACAUCCCUGGGCGAACAUUCCCUGUUCACGACUUCUACCUGGACGAUGUCCUCCGGGACACCGGGUUUGCGCCGGAACUGACAGACCGCGACUAUGAAGACGAUGCAGCCCCGAGCCAAGGCGAGGAGUCGAUGGGCCGCGCUCUUCGUAGCGUCGGCAUGGGAAUCAACUACGACUUGAUCGCCGCCACUGUCCAAUACAUCGACGCUGUAUUGGGAGACCAGCCGGGUGGUAUCCUGAUCUUCUUACCCGGUACUAUGGAAAUCGAUCGGUGUUUGAAUGCUGUCAGAAGGAUACCCGAUAUGCACCCGCUACCAUUGCAUGCAUCUCUCCUGCCGUCUGACCAACGGCGCGUUUUCCAAAGACCACCAGCGGGGAAGAGAAAGGUUAUAGCAGCCACAAACGUCGCCGAGACGUCCAUCACGAUCGAGGAUGUUGUCGCAGUCAUCGACACGGGCCGCGUGAAAGAGACGAGCUACGACCCGAAGGACAACAUGGUGCGGCUUCAGGAGGUAUGGGCGUCUCAAGCAGCGUGCAAGCAGCGUCGUGGUCGUGCUGGCCGUGUGAGGGCCGGAACAUGCUACAAGCUCUACACGCGCAAGGCAGAGUCGAACAUGGCACCUCGACCCGACCCAGAAAUCCGCCGAGUGCCACUGGAACAGCUAUGCCUAUCAGUCAAGUCCAUGCAAGGUAUCAACGACGUCGCCAACUUCCUCGCGAACACCAUCACGCCGCCCGAAAGCAUCGCCGUCGAAGGCGCCCUCGGCUUCCUCCACCGCGUCGGCGCCCUCGACCACGACAAGCUCACCGGCCUCGGCCGCUACCUAUCCAUGAUCCCCGCCGAUCUGCGAUGCGCCAAGCUCAUGGUCUACGGGUCACUAUUCGGCUGCAUCGACCCCUGCGUGACCAUCUCCGCCAUCCUCACCACGAAAAGCCCCUUCGUAUCCCCCCGCGAACGCCGCGACGAAGCCGACUCCGCAAAAGCCUCCUUCUCCAAAGGCGACGGCGACCUCCUCACCGACCUCGCCGCCUUCCAGCAAUGGACAGACCGCGUCCAAGCCAACGGCUACUGGCAAACGCAGUCCUGGUGCGGCGCCAACUUCCUCUCCCACCAAACCCUCCGCGACAUCUCCUCCAACCGCUCCCAGCUCCUCACGUCCCUCAAAGACGCCGGCCUCCUCCCCGUCGACUACGCCGACAACACCACCAACUCCACCCGCGGAUCCUGGAACCGCAACGCAGGCAACAGAGGCCUCCUGCGCGCCCUCAUCGCCGGCGCCUUCCAGCCGCAGAUCGCGCAGAUUUCCUUCCCGGACAAGAAAUUCGCCAGCUCCGUCUCCGGCACCGUCGAAGUCGACCCGGACGCCCGCACCAUCAAGUACUUCAACCAGGAGAACGGCCGCGUCUUCAUCCACCCCAGCUCGCUGCUCUUCUCCGCGCAGGGUUACCCCAGCGGAUCUGCCUACCUCAGUUACUUCACUAAGAUGGCUACCAGCAAGGUGUUCAUUCGUGAUUUGACGCCAUUCAACGUCUACUCCCUCCUCCUCUUCUGCGGCUCCAUCGACCUCGACACAAUGGGCCGAGGCCUCAUCGUCGACGGCUGGCUCCGCCUGCGCGGCUGGGCCCGCAUCGGGGUGCUCGUAUCGCGGCUGCGUCUGAUGGUCGAUGAGAUUAUCGCGUCGCGGAUCGAUAAUCCUGUUUCUUCUUCUGAUAGGGCGUCGGCGGAUAAUAUUGCCGAUAGGGUUAUCGAUGUGGUGAAGAAGUUGGUGGAGUUUAAUGGGUUGGAUCAGUGA